AUGAAAAAAGUAAAUAACAUUAAUAGUAAUAAUAAUAAGAUGAGAUCAUUAUUUAAAUGUAAAGCACCAAAUGGAUAUGGAGAAGAAGAAUCAUACUAUUCAGAGAAUACAUGGGGUGAAGCUUUAAAUAGACAACAAACUAUAACAACUUCUGUAGCAACCAAACCAAAUGAUAUCUUUUUAAAUGCUGUUGAUCAAAAGUCAAAGGAAAAAUUACAAGUGAAAUUAUCAAUUAAAGAAUGGAAUGAUUUAAUUAAAGAGAAGGCAAAAUUGGCAGAAUCAUUGUAUUCUAUAAACUCGGCAAGUUAUGUUGGAUUUGCAGAGUUUUCAUGUAUAGAGUUACAAUGUCAAUUUGAUAUAUUUGUAUUUCAACAUAAUCAAACUGUACCUUUACUCCCAUCAUCGAUGGCAUUAAAGAGUAGUAGUAUAAUGUAUACUGAACACAUUAAAGAUCAACCAAGUAAAUUGGAUCAAAUGUCAAGUGUCGGUGUAGAGAAUAGUGCACUCCAAUUCUUCCCAGAACGUCCAGGACGUUAUCAAGUUAAUUUGGAUGUAUUCUCUAAUUAUUUGACACCUAAAAAGAAUGGUUUUGGUUUCUCUACUCCAAAAUCUACUACAAACAACCUAACCAUCAAUGUACCAAAAGAAGUCCAAAUUAAAAUUGAUCCAUCAUCCAACCAAGAAGAAGAGAUAUUCAAUGAUAGUGGUAGUCGUGUAACAAAAGCAAUUUCAAAUUUCCCUCCAACCAAUUAUGUUAAAAUUCAAUGGACCGAUUUAGAAUCAAAAAUUGAUGAAAGUAGUAGCGGUAGUAAUGUAUCUCCUCCACCUCUUCUUUCUUCUUCAUCUGCUCAACCCGUUGCAUCCCAAAAACCAAUCAUUGAAGCAACAAAAGCAACAGUACAACAAUAUACACUUUGUUCAGUUGGUGAAGGUGUCGUCAUUGUAACCAAUAGUAUCAAAUAUUCAAUGGUAUCUGGUAGUUUAUCAAGUUUUGAAGUGGUAGUUGGUAACAUUCUACGAGUACAAUCGGUCGAUGGAAAUAAUAUAAAGAAAUGGGAUUGUACUCCUAUUGGUCCAUCCUCUACAUCGACCGAGAAUCUUUUAAAGAUUCUAUUAAAUAGUCCAGUUGAAAGUGAUUACAUUUUAACAGUGGUAUCUGAAAUCCCAAUGGAUAGAACUAGUGGUCAAAUCACUCUACCAAGUGUACGUUGUAGAGGUAGUGAAAUUAGUCGUGAAAAGGGGUUCCUUGUAGUUGAAUCUACUGCCAAUGUAGAGGUUGAACAAACUACUCGUGAAUCACUCACUCUGAUUGACAAGUCUGAAAUCCCAGGUGCUCUUACCGAUAUGACUUCUGGUCCAAUCCUACUCGCAUACAAGUUCUUGGAUCCACACUAUCGACUAUGUAUGACGAUUACCAAACAUUCAGAUCUUCAAGUAUUGGUUGCUUUUUGUGAAAGUGCUCAUUUCAUUGCUACCCUUUCCUCUGAAGGUUCUCUAUUAAAGAAAUUAAUCUUUAAAAUUAGAAAUACUCAACAACAAUAUAUUAGAAUUUCUAUAGAUCAUGAAUUUGAAAUUUGGUCAACUAUUGUUGGAACAAAUGCAGUAAAACCAGCAUUGGAUGAAAAUGGUACAAUUAUGAUUCCAUUGAAUAAAUCAAGAGGUAGUGAAAAAGGAGUACAAAAAGCAUUUACAGUUGAAUUGGUUUAUAAACAUCGUCGUGAUUUGGAAUUACAUGGUACUGGUGGAAAUGUACAAGUUUGUUUUCCACAGAUUGAUAUUCCAAUCAGUAAUCUUUGUGUGUCUCUUUAUCUACCAAAGACAUUUAAAUAUGGUCAAUGUAAAGGUAAUAUUAAAGAGGUUGGUUAUUAUCCACAAGGUCAACCAAUCAAAGAAGACUCUAAAAACGAACAAACCGCCAAACCAAGAAGAGCCAUGCCACAAAUGCAAAUUCAACAACAACAAACCCAAUUCAUGUCAAAUGCUAUGCCACUUUUCGAUGGUGGUCUUACUUUGGGUGGCGGUGGUGGUGGAGCAGAGAGGGAAAAGGAAACGGCUGGAUUAAAACCAGUUAUUGUGAAUAUCCCAACUACAGGUAUUUUACUUAGAUUCCAUCAACUCUUGGUAUUGUCUACUCCUAUCGAUAUUACUACUAAAUAUUCUCCAAACAAGGGUGGUUAUGAAGAGAGAGUAGAAGAAGAUGAAGGUGUUGACGCAAAUAUGGCACCCAUCUACUUCUAA